GGUUACUAUUCAUGUCCCUUUUCCUUUUAUCAAUUCUGCUGUGACUGCGCUUUCAUUUUCCAACCAACCUUCCUUCACUUUCUCUCUUAGCUCUAAACCCUUCUCCAUCCUUCUCCCACACAAUUCCCCCUGGUAAAUUACCCUCUUUUCCCCCUCUUCUUCCAUAAACCCUAGUUUUAUUUAGCAAGGAAGGGUCAGGGAGGAACAAUGGCUAUAGCAGCCCCUGGGCAGCUUAAUAUUAGCGAGUCUCCAUCUUGGGGGUCCAGAAGUGUGGAUUGUUUUGAGAAAUUGGAACAGAUUGGUGAAGGCACAUAUGGUCAAGUGUACAUGGCUAGAGAAAUCAAAACAGGGGAAAUUGUUGCUUUGAAGAAAAUACGAAUGGACAACGAAAGAGAGGGGUUCCCCAUAACCGCCAUUCGUGAAAUUAAAAUUCUAAAGAAGUUGCAUCAUGAAAAUGUAAUCAAGUUGAAAGAGAUUGUAACUUCUCCAGGUCCUGAGAAGGAUGACCAAGGGAGGCCAGAUGGUAAUAAAUACAAAGGAGGCAUCUACAUGGUUUUUGAAUACAUGGACCAUGAUUUGACUGGUCUUGCUGAUCGUCCUGGGAUGAGAUUUUCAGUCCCUCAGAUAAAGUGUUAUAUGAGGCAGCUUUUGACGGGGCUUCACUACUGUCAUGUGAAUCAAGUUCUUCAUCGGGAUAUCAAAGGCUCUAAUCUUCUAAUAGACAAUGAGGGAAAUUUGAAGCUUGCAGAUUUUGGCCUUGCCCGGUCAUUUUCAAAUGAUCACAAUGGGAAUCUUACAAAUCGUGUUAUUACCUUAUGGUACAGACCGCCAGAGUUGCUGCUUGGGACCACAAGGUAUGGUCCAGCUGUUGAUAUGUGGUCAGUUGGCUGUAUCUUUGCAGAACUUCUGCAUGGAAAACCUAUCUUUCCUGGAAAAGAUGAGCCUGAACAAUUAAAUAAGAUCUUUGAGCUUUGUGGAGCUCCAGAUGAAGUCAACUGGCCUGGGGUUUCCAAGAUUCCUUGGUAUAGCAAUUUCAAGCCAACAAGGCCAAUGAAGAGACGUCUUAGGGAGGUUUUUAGACACUUUGAUCGGCAUGCUUUGGAGUUAUUGGAGAGGAUGCUGACCCUUGAUCCAUCUCAGAGAAUAUCUGCCAAGGAUGCACUUGAUGCUGAGUAUUUCUGGACUGAUCCUUUGCCUUGUGAUCCCAAGAGUUUACCAAAAUAUGAAUCUUCCCAUGAGUUCCAGACAAAGAAGAAGCGCCAGCAACAACGUCAACAUGAUGAGACAGCGAAACGUCAGAAGCUUCAGCAUCCACAACAGCAUGCCCGUCUUCCACCCAUUCAGCAGUCCGGGCAAGUACAUGCACAGAUGCGGGCAGGACCUAACCAGCCCAUGCAUGGUUCUCAACCCCCAGUGGCUGCAGGGCCCAGCCACCAUUAUGGGAAGCCCCGCGGACCCUCUGGAGGGCCAAGCAGGUACCCUCAGAGUGGAAACCCCAGCGGAGGAUACAAUCACCCAAACCGUGGAGGUCAAGGUGGUGGUGGUGGUGGUUACGGCAAUGGACCAUUUCCACCUCAAGGGAGGGGUCCACCAUAUGCCUCAAGCGGAAUGCCUGGUGCAGGUCCUCGAGGAGGUGGCAGUGGUUAUGGAGUUGGUGCUCCAAAUUAUCCUCAAGGUGGUCCAUACAGUGGUUCAGGUGCUGGUCGCGGCUCAAACAUGAUGGGUGGGAACCGCAAUCAAAAUUAUGGUUGGCAACAAUAAUGCAUUGAUGAUGAUGAGCAGUCUGUUACUUGUCAAGAAUCUACUGAAAUGAAUUAUAGAAGAAAAAGAGAAUCGACUUGGUGCCUAGUACCUUUUUUUUUUUUUUUAUCUCUAUUGGCCACAAGGGACUAGAAAAACAUAUGUACAAUACAUUAUUUUUUUAGGUGGUUGCUCUACCAUUUGAAAAACAGGGGAGCUGCAAAAUCUGAGGUUAUACAUUUCAGUAUGUUGUAUUUUUUAUGUAAGCUAUGUCUAAGAGGAAUGACAUGGACCUGUCUGCUUAAGUAAUAGUUGUGUUCUCUAAGACAAGUUUGUGCUUGUUGGUUCAAUUAUCUUGGAAACUUGUUAUGGUUUCAGUUUUAUUUACGGUUGGAUCAUCUUAUGAA